UCGAAGAUAACAUUGAAAAUUAUGUAAAAGUGUUUAAAUAAGUGUCAAAAAAAUAUUCAAAAAUGACGUUCUGGUGUAGACGUGUGUACCCCACGACGGUCAGUGUUAUACUGAUCGUUAUAACGUGUGCAACGUUCAAGCUAACCUCGGCUAAGGGAAGGGAGGAGCCGCAUUCAUACACGAUAGACGAGCUUCUGUCGUCGCACUAUGAGCACAAGCAUUCAGAUGAUAUCGGCAUGGAUCCUUGUAAAGCUGGUAAUUUCCAAGGCGACAUAGCAAUAUCUGACUCUGAUUACUACAAGCCAACCAACACUGCCCCGUCUACGUCCAAAAUAAAUAAGUCUUUACAAGAAGAAGUAGAAAGACUCAAGAAGGAAGUACUGCUUGAAGGAUUACAGGUGGAAGAGGAAGGGUUACCAGAUAUUUUGAGAAAACGAACUAAACAACCAGUUCCUUUAAUUCAGGAGAAACCAAAGAAGUAUAAUGAUGCUUCUUUACAUACAAAAGUAUUACCAGCUGGGCUAGACAAAGCACUCUUAAUAAAGAACGGUAAAAUACUUCCUCCCGAAAUGUUAGAUAAUUACACUAGCCAUAAUUACCAAAAUAAAUUCAAUCCUUCAAAUCAAUCCGUUGUUGAUAACCUCACAGAAUCCGAAAGUUUAGAGCAAGACGGAGUUCUAGUAGUUAACAUAUCAACAGAUAAUAUUUUAAACCUAGAAGACUUUUUUCCUAGCAUUCAAUUAUCAAAUUUGUCAAACAAAAUGGAUGAAGUUACAAAUAAAAUACAAAGCAAUAGUCGAGAAAUUACUGGAGAUUCGAAUAACAAUAUUAAGAUUAAAGAUUUACCAGAAAAUAUAACUAUAGCACCCGCACCUACUAAUGGUUUUAUUCCUUCAAAUGAACAAGAGGAUGAUAAUAAAGAGAAAGUAAUUGUGAAUAAAACUAUCAAAGGGUUAUAUGAAAAAGUGUAUGAAGCGAAUGAUUUGCUAAAACCUACUGAGAGUCUGCAAAGUUUAUUAGAAGAAAGUGAAAUACGCAGACGUCGAAGAAGACGUCGUCAUGGCAACGGAAGACGACUUAGAAAUAUACAAUCGGGCGAAAGAACAGGUCAAAAUACCAUUAAAAUAUCUGAAGAGAAUCAGAGCGGAUCACAUCACACGAGAAAAAAGUUUUUUCGACACCAAAAAAAGUAUGACGAAAAGGAAACAAGGUACAAACAAGUGAUACCAGAACACGAAUUUGAAGAGAAGUUUGAAGUGCAUCCACCGCCGAAAGAGAAUAAAACUAGAAUUGAGACGCAACAAUUUAAAGACUGGUUUUUUCGUGACUCCGACGAUGACUUAGAGGCAAUGGAGAGUCAGUUUUAUAAUCAUACGGAGGAACCAAGACGUCGCCAUCGUACAGCCAGGGCUGCAACAAAUCGUAAAGAAAGGAUCUGGGAGAACGGUGUGAUCCCGUACGAAAUAGAUGGCAACUUCAGCGGUGCCCACAAGUCUCUUUUCAAACAAGCUAUGCGGCACUGGGAGAAUUUUACCUGCGUUAAAUUCGUGGAAAGAGAUCCCAGUCUUCAUAAGGAUUAUAUUAUAUUCACUGAGAGACCGUGUGGAUGUUGUUCUUUCGUUGGCAAACGUGGCAGUGGUGCACAGGCGAUAUCUAUCGGCAAGAACUGCGACAAGUUUGGCAUAGUGGUGCACGAGCUGGGUCACGUGGUGGGCUUCUGGCACGAGCACACGCGUCCUGAUAGGGACAACCACGUGCAGAUUAUCAGGGAUAAUAUUCUUAGCGGUCAAGAGUAUAACUUCAACAAGCUGACAUACGAGGAAGUGAACUCAUUAGGACAGACGUACGACUACGAUUCUAUAAUGCAUUAUGCGAGGAACACAUUCAGUAAAGGCACGUACUUGGAUACUAUACUGCCGCUCGAAGUCCACGGCAAGAAGAGACCAGAGAUCGGACAGAGAGUGAGACUCAGUGCUAGCGAUAUAGCGCAAACUAAUUUGUUGUACAAAUGCGCAAAGUGUGGAAAGACGUUCCUGGGCAACUCGGGGUGGUUUAGCUCGCCCGGCUGGGGCGCGGAGGCGGGCCCUGCAAGCCCCGACCGCUGCGAGUGGAGGAUCGUUGCCACACACGGCGAAAGGGUCGUGCUCAACAUCACUGAAAUCGACAUCCACAAGUCUGACGGUUGCCGUUCCGAGUGGGUGGAGGUACGUGACGGGUAUCUACCAAACGCACCAGUACUUGGACGGAUCUGCGGCGCCGGCAAGGGGCCUAUGAUGAGAUCUACAGGCUCCCGACUCACUGUGGUAUACCAGCCGGGACUGAGACCCAAACCCCAUAGAGGAUUCAGAGCACAUUAUGAGGCGGUGUGUGGUGGUGAUAUAGAAGUAGAUAACAAUGGUCACUUGGAGUCCCCCAACUAUCCUGAUGACUAUCAACCAAACAAACUUUGUAUCUGGAGACUUUCUGUACCACAGGAUUAUCAAGUGGCGUUGCGUUUCCAUUCGUUCGAGGUAGAGAACCACGAUACCUGUAACUACGACAAGGUGAAGGUUAGAGAUGGGGACUCAAUGGAUAGUCCCCUCAUCGGUAUGUUCUGCGGACACAAGAUACCGCCUGAUAUCAGGUCCACCUCUAACAAGUUGCUGGUGAUCUUCGAGUCGGAUAGCUCUGUGCAGAAGGCAGGCUUCUCAGCGACAUUUAUGAAGGAAUUCGACGAGUGUGCCUCCAUCGACCACGGCUGCAGCCACUCCUGUGUUAACACGCUGGGGGGCUACGAGUGUGCCUGUGAUAUUGGCUACGAACUCCACUCGGAUGGCAAGAAGUGUGAGAAUGCGUGUGGCGGCGUACUGUACGGUCCGAAUGGAACUAUAACGUCUCCUUCGUUCCCCGACUUGUACCCGCCGUCGAAGAACUGUCUGUGGGAGAUAGUGGCACCUUCGCAGCAUCGCAUCACACUCAAUUUUACACACUUUGAUCUAGAGGGCACCAACAAUAUGUAUCAUCAGGAAUGUGAGUACGACAGUGUGACAGUGCACUCGCGUCUCGGGGACGAGGUGCUGCGACGUCACGGCGCCUUCUGCGGCUCCGCGCUGCCGCCACCUGUCACCUCCGACGGCAAUGUGCUGCGUGUGCAGUUUACAUCAGACACAUCGGUGCAUCACUCCGGGUUCGCGGCGACGUAUUACAUGGACGUGGACGAGUGCGCGGAGAACAAUGGCGGGUGCCAGCACGAGUGCCGCAACACGCUGGGCGGCUUCGAGUGCGCCUGCCACAGCGGCUUUGCGCUGCAUCACAACCGCCGCGACUGCAAGGAGGGCGGCUGCAAGUACGACAUCACGCUGCCACACGGAACUAUAUUCAGUCCAAAUUAUCCUGACACGUAUCCAUCAAGGAAAGACUGUGUUUGGCAGUUCUCCACCACACCUGGUCACCGCAUUAAACUCAUUUUCAACGUAUUCGAACUGGAGUCACAUCAGGAAUGUACAUACGACCACGUGUCGAUAUACGACGGAGCGUCAGCUGACGAGAAGACUCUCGGUCGUUUCUGCGGCGCCAAACUGCCGCACCCCGUCGUCGCCUCACAGAACCAGAUGUACGUCGUCUUCAAGUCUGACGCCUCCGUACAGAGGAAGGGAUUCCUUGCGACAUAUUCCACUGCUUGUGGUGGCUAUCUGUCAGCUACAGAGACAGUAAAGCAUCUCUACUCACAUGCACGAUACGGACACGACUCUUACGAGUCGCGGGCGAACUGCGACUGGAGUAUUGUAGCGCCAAUGGGCCAUUUCGUGAAGCUAACCUUUUUGACAUUCGAGUUGGAGCCAGAAGUCAACUGCGGUUAUGACUUUGUACAAGUUUAUGGCGGGCUAGAGGGCAGCGCGGGCGACUAUGGCAGCUUCUGUGGGACAAAGACUCCACCAGAGAUAGUGUCCACAACAGAAGCAUUACUUGUAAAAUUCCGAACAGAUGAUUCGAUAGUUUUCAAAGGCUUUUCGGCAUCUUAUCAAGCGGUUAAACCUGAAUUGUGGAGCGAAGAGGAUAGUUCUGAAGGAGGAGAAAUUGAAGAAGAAGAUGAACGUAUGCCUCCUUUGGUAGUGGGCAGGCGCGGCAUGCGAGCUCCUUUGCCGAGGUUCGUGAGACGGCCAACGUGACGGUGGCCGAUGAAGAGACAUCCGAGACAUCGGCGGCCGCAUCGCAAUAGUAAUCGAUUAAAAUCGGAAAACGGCGCAAUGUAAUCGAUUUUCUUGACAAAUAAUAAUGCUGCCGUAUUAAACAUUUCUAAACCGCCGACUAUUCUGACAUUGCCAAGUUUUUAAAGGAGAGAAGUGAUUGAAAAAUAAAAAACCUUCCGAUAUUAUUUA